AUGGCUAAUCUUCUGCUCCUCCCGUGCAUCCUCCUCCUGCUGGUGCAGGCUCUCCCAGGAACGGUGGUGCAGGUAAGGGGCGUCACGUUCCACGUGACAAACAAAUGCCCGUUCCCAGUGUGGCCAGCGAACGCGCCCAACUCCGGCCACCCGGUUCUCGCGGGUGGCGGCUUCUUCCUCCCGCCAGGCUAAUCGAAGCGCGUCGACGCGCCGUCCUCCUGGAGCGGCCGCUUCUGGGGCCGCACCGGCUGCAGCAACUUCAACGGCGCCACCACCAGCAGGAGCCGCUGCCUCACGGGCGACUGCGAAGGCCGCCUAGCCUGCAACGGGUCCGUGGGCGCCCCUCCCGCCACGCUCCUGGAGGUGAGCUUGCACGAGGAGGCCGGGACGGGCUCCUACGACGUGAGCGUGGUGGACGGGUACAACCUCCCCGUGGCCGUGUGGAGCAGGCCGGCGAACCGGAGCGGCAAGUGCUUCAUCGCGGGGUGCGCCAAGGACGUGAACGCGGUGUGCCCGCCAGAGCUGCAGGUGGUGGUGCCGGGAAAGGCCAAGGCGCCGACGGUGGUGGCGUGCAGGAGCGCGUGCCUGGCGUUCGGGCUGGACUCCUUCUGCUGCCGGGGCGCGUACGGCACGGCGGAGGCGUGCAAGGGGAGCGUCUACUCGCGGCUCUUCAGGGACGCCUGCCCGGACUACUAUAGCUACGCCUACGACGCGGCCGCCACCACGGCCCGCUGCCACGCGCAGGAGUACGUGCUCAACUUCUGCCCCUCCAGAUGGGCGCCGCAGCCGACACCGAUCAUGUGGCCCAAGUUUGAUUUCAUCUGUCGAUGCAUGGCCGAGUUCUCUACUUUUAUGGAUCGUUUUGCUCCUUUGGUAUCACUAUGCAUGCAUGAGAGUAAAUUACGAAAAACCACGACACUAAGCCUUCUUGUUCGGUUAUGAAAUUUCCUGCAAGGAUUGAGAGGGAUUUGAGGGAACUUGAACUAAAAUGGGAUCAAUCCCUCCCAAACCCCACAGGUAUGGGAGUAACCGAAUGGACCCUUAGGGGAUAGGGUUUUACUUUGGUACCGGUCUACGUUCUUUUUACUAAAAACUACCGGAUUUGCUUAA